AGGCGCCAAACACAGGCGCUGAUCUCUGAUCAACGACAUCAUAGAGUCAGAAGAAGAUUACAGGAAAAGCUGGGCGUCUAUGCGAAGAAUGAAAUAAACAACACGAUAAAAAUUAUAAAUCAUAUUGCUGCGCUAAUACUGACAUUUAAUCAUAACCUUAAACACAUUACAUCGUUUCAUCAAGACAGGAGGACAUGGCGUUUGUCACAGCGAACUGGAACCCUCUGGGCGAGUCUUUUUACAGAAAGAUUGAAUUGUAUGAUAUGGGCUGGAAUCUGAAAGAUGGCCUGAGAGAGUCUCUGGUUGCUGCAGCUCCAUAUGGGGGUCCCAUCGCUCUCCUAAAGGGUCAUAAUCGACGUUCUUCCAGUGCCAGACCUCAGUUAGAGAUCUUCUCUUCCUCAGGACUGCCUCUAGCCAGUUUUCCAUGGAAGAGUGGAGUGGUGAAGCAGCUGGGCUGGACGGUGUCUGAUGACCUACUGUGUGUUCAGGAGGAUGGCACUGUGCUUGUCUACGAUCUCUGGGGUGGCUUCAAGAGACACUUCAGCAUGGGCAAUGAAGUUUCUCAGAGUCAGGUGCUGGAGACCAAGAUUUUCCAUUCGCCAUAUGGGACAGGUGUUGCCAUAUUGACAGGUGCCUUGCGAUUCACUUUGGCCACAAAUAUUGAUGAAAUAAAAUUGAGGCGGUUGCCUGAGGUUCCAGGUCUACAGGGUGCGCCUUCAUGCUGGGCAGUCCUGACACAGGACAGACAAAGUAAAGUGCUGGUGGCCAAUGGAUCUCAAUUGUUCAUCUUAGAUAAUACAGCCUGCACACCUGUGACUCCCCCCGGUCUCUCUCCACAAGCGUCCAGCAUAGUUCACAUGUGUGUCUCAUUCAGUUAUAAGUAUCUGGCGCUCCUCACCGACUCUGGCCAUGUGUGGAUGGGUACAUCCAACCUAAAGGAGAAACUCAGUGAGGUGGACACUAACAUCAAAACUCCCCCUAAACAGAUGGCCUGGUGUCGCAGGCCCAAGAGUCAGCAGCCAUCAGCUGUGGUAAUGUGGGAUGGGCUCCUCAUAGUGGUGGGAGAAUGUCAAGAAACAAUUCAGUACCACCUGGACGAUGACUCCGUUCUGGUGCCAGAGCUGGAUGGGGUUCGGAUUAUCAGUGGAACACACCAUGAGCUUCUGCAAGAGGUCCCAGGUGCAUGUGAGGAGAUCUUUAAAAUUGCCUCAAUGGCUCCUGGAGCAUUACUUCUGGAGGCUCAUAAAGAAUAUGAGAAAGAGAGUCAGAAGGCAGAUGAGUAUCUGAGAGAGAUUAAAGAGCAGAGUCUGUUGAGCGAGGCUGUGAAGCAGUGUGUGGAGGCCGCCGGACAUGAACAUGAACCUGAGACACAGAAAACACUCUUGAGGGCAGCCUCAUUUGGGAAGUGCUUUUUGAGUAAUUUUCCUCCAGAGCAGUUUGUCAGCAUGUGCAGAGACCUGCGGGUGUUGAAUGCAGUCCGAGACUAUACCGUUGGAAUUCCUCUUACCCACACUCAGUUCAAACAGAUGACUUUGCAGGUGCUCAUUGACAGACUGGUGUAUCGUAAACUCUAUCCGCUUGCUAUUGAGGUUUGCCGCUAUUUAAAGACUCCAGAAUAUCAGGGAGUGAGCCGAGUACUCAAACACUGGGCCUGCUACAAGGUCCAGCAGAAGGAAGAAUCAGAUGAAGUCAUAGCAAAAGCUGUGAGUGUGAAGCUUGCUGAUGCUGCUGGAAUCUCCUACUCUGAAAUCGCCACUAAAGCAUAUGAGAGUGGACGCACAGAGCUCGCCAUUAAGUUGUUGGAGUUUGAGCCUCGUUCCGGCGAGCAGGUCCCACUGCUGUUAAAAAUGAAGAAAAGCCCUCUGGCUUUGAGCAAAGCCAUUGAGAGUGGAGACACAGACCUCGUGUACACAGUGGUUAUGUACCUGAAGAAUGAGCUGAACAGAGGAGACUUCUUCAUGAUGUUGAGGAACCAGCCUGUGGCUCUGAGCCUCUACAAACAGUUCUGUAAGCAUCAGGAGCAGGAUACACUCAAAGAUCUUUUCAAUCAAGAUGAUGAUCACGAUGAACUUGGCAAUUUUUAUGUCAAGGCCAGCUAUAAAGAGCAGAGACUGGAAGCUCGGAUUGCUCUUUUACAAAGUGCUGUGGACGAGUACUACAAAGCCAAGAAUGAAUUUUCUGCCAAGACAACAGAAGAUGAAAUGCGUCUUCUGCGGUUUCAGAGGAAGCUAGAGGAAGAGAAGGGUGAGUUGCUCGUGGGAUUCUCCCUUCAUGACACUAUGACCACGCUGCUGUCUGUGGGACUGCACAAACACGCCGAACAACUUUACAAAGACUUCAGAGUCCCCGACAAGAGGUUCUGGUGGCUGAAGUUAAAGGCUCUGGCUGAGAAGGAGGACUGGGAAGAGCUGGAGAAAUUUGGCAAAAGCAAAAAAUCUCCUAUUGGAUAUCUGCCAUUUGUUGAGGUGUGCAUUAAACACCAUAACAAAUAUGAAGCCAAGAAAUAUGUGUCUAAAGUCACACCUGAGCAGAAGGUCAAAGCUCACCUUGCAGUGGGGGAUAUAGAGGGUGCUGCAGAGGCUGCUAUCGAGAGGCGUAAUGAAUCAGAGAUCAGUACUGUUCUGUCACGCUGUUCAGCCACCACUGAUCAUCUUCUGAUGGAACGUCUCAACCGUGCUAGAGCCACUGCUGUCAAAAAGUGAGCCUGUACGCUUCUUUCCUGCUCAGCUCAACUGCAUUUGCUGCCCAACAGUGAACCACUGUGCACCCAUUCUCCUGCACAAACCAGCUCGCAGCUGAAUUUGCUUUUGAGGCUAUGUAAAUUCCUCCUGAUGUAAUGGAACAUUGUCAUUAAAAUUCUGCACAAUGAAGGAAAUUUCUUGG